UAGUCGCGUAGCUCAAAGAUCCGCGGUUCGGCCAGCAACUUGUAUUCCCUUUGACUGCUGCUUCCGGUUCCGGUAGUUGCGGGUGGGGCUUGGCGAGAGGCGCGGAUCAUGGCUGGGAGUCGGCUGGAAACCAUAGGAAGCGUUUUUUCCAGGACUCGGAACCUGAUUCGGGCUGGGAUACUGAAGGAGAGGCCCCUCUGGUUUGACAUAUAUGAAGCCUUCCCCCCGCUGAGAGAACCGGUUUUCCGAAGGCCCCGCUUGCGAUAUGGCAAAGCCAAAGCUGAUGUUCAAGACAUCUUCUACCACGAGGAUCAGAUCAGAGCGAAGUUUUAUUUAGUCUAUGGACCUGGUCAAAGAGCUGUUGAUCUGUUCAAUCCACAUUUCAAGUCUACCUGUCAACGGUUUGUGGAAAAGUACUUUGAGCUACAGAAACUUGGAGAAACAGAUGAGGAGAAGUUAUUCAUGGAGACAGGGAAGGCUUUAUUGGCAGAAGGUGUCAUUUUAAGACGAGUAGGAGGAGCAAAGACUCAACAGGAAGGCAGUCAUGUUUCCUGGAAGACUGAACAGAAGAAUGUCAACCUCCAAACUGUGCUGAAAGAAAACCAGUCUCUGGAGGAAGUUCCACAGGACCAACCUUUGGAGGCACCCACAGAACCAUCAAAAGGCCCCUCACCUUCCUGAAGGACUUGUAUACCAUGUACACUGAUGUGCAAACUGUCUUCACUAGAUGAAUGUUGAACUCUGUUUAAUAGUUGGACUUGUGUAAAUGUUUCUUGAUCUCUAAGGUACUAUGUUUUCCUUCUUUUACUUCCUAUUUCUAGGUUGUCACAAAGCUCCAGUAUCACAGUUUGCAAGAAGCAGUUGUGUAAACUUCUAUGUUAGGGUAGUAUUAAAUAAAUAAUUCCCUAACUGCC